GGACACUGUGGAUUUGGCUUUUCCCUAGCUGGACUUUACCCUCUUCAGUGGGAAGGAGUUAUUCAAAUGAAUAAAGAGCUGAUUGACACAUCAGGACUUGUGGUGGGUUGUGGAGCCACAAGGGAGACAGAGUUUAAAACAGAAACCAGGAACUACUACCAUGGCAGGGAAGCCCAUACUUCACUAUUCUAAUGAUCGGGGCAGGAUGGAGUCCAUCCGGUGGCUCUUGGCUGCAGCUGCUGUAGAGUUUGAAGAGAAAUACAUAGAAACUCGACAAGAUUUGGAAAAGUUAAGAAAUGAUGGGGUAUUGGUGUUCCAGCAAGUGCCCAUGGUUGAGAUUGAUGGGAUGAAGCUGGUGCAGACCAGAGCCAUUCUCAACUACAUUGCCAGCAAAUACAACCUGUAUGGCAAAGACAUAAAGGAGAGAGCCCUGAUUGACAUGUAUGCAGAAGGCAUAGCAGAUCUGAAUGAACUGAUUAUUCUUUACCCAUUCCGUGCUCCUGGGGAAAAAGAUGCAAACUUUACCCAGAUCCGAGAUAAAGCAAGAAACCGUUACUUUCCUGCUUUUGAAAAGGUGUUAAAGAGCCAUGGACAAGACUACCUUGUUGGCAACAAGCUGAGCAAAGUUGACAUUCACCUGGCUGAACUUCUCUACAACAUGGAGGAGCUUGACCCCAGCAUAAUCACCAGCUUCCCUCUGCUGCAGGCCCUGAAAACCAGAAUCAGCAGCCUCCCCACCGUGAAGAAAUUUCUGCAGCCUGGCAGCCAGAGGAAGCCUCCUGUGGAUGACAAAUGUGUAGAAAAAGUAUUCAAGAUUUUCCAUUGAAACGGGAACAUCAAACAUAUGUAAUCCAAUCUUCUGAAGUUUUUCAAUAUGGAGUAAUCUGUCUAAAUGUUGAUCUGCCAUUUUGAAAUUAAUAAACACUUUCAAAUUA